AUGGAGGUCUACGGAGCCAGUGGGUAUGCCGGAGACUCCCUCUGCGACUCCAACGCAAUCUCGACCAAUAUCGGCGUUAUGACGGUGGAUGUGGUGUGGGCCAUUGGGUCGACAGGGAAGGAGAAUAAACAUCUGGGUCCCGGCGACGGCAAUGUUGUGAGGCCACCGCCGAUCACCUCACUGCCCUGGUCUGCUCGAGAGAGCUGGUGGAUGAGUUGGGAAUGCGAUCGUCAGCGUUGA